GUUGCAGGAAUAGGCUGAGAACUGCUUUUCCUUUCUCCUCGGACGGGUGCACUGUCAUCUGAUUUGGGACAUUGCUGAGCUGAAGACUGAAAGCAGGGGAAAACCCCGUCCUCUCCUUGCGAUCACCAUGUGCUACGGCAGAUGCGCGCGCUGCGUCGGACAGUUUCUGGUGGGGCCCUCUCUCCUCUGCAUCGCAGCUAAUAUUUUGCUUUACUUUCCCAAUGGGGAAUCAAAGUACGCUUCUGAAAACCACCUCAGCCGCUUCGUGUGGUUCUUCUCUGGGAUUGUCGGAGGGGGAAUCCUGAUGUUGCUGCCAGCAUCUGUCUUCAUCAGCCUGGAGGAGGAAGACUGCUGUGGGUGCUGUGGCUACCACAACUGCGGCAAGAGAUGUGCGAUGCUUUCCUCUGUACUGGCCGCCAUCGUUGGAAUUGCAGGAUCUGGCUACUGCAUCAUCGUGGCAGCCCUGGGCUUAGCAGAGGGACCACUGUGUCUCGAUUCCUCCAACCAGUGGAACUACACCUUUGCCGGCACUGAGGGAGGGUACCUUCUGGAUAGCUCCACAUGGUCCCAGUGCGUUGAGCCCAAGCACAUUGUGAAAUGGAACGUAACUCUGUUUUCUAUCCUCCUGGCUCUUGGUGGUAUUGAAUUCAUCUUGUGUCUCAUUCAAGUAAUAAAUGGAGUGCUUGGAGGCAUAUGUGGCUAUCACUGCUCUCACCAGCAGCAAUAUGACUGCUAAAAGAACCACCUCAAGACAGAGCCACAACCUUCAUUUCAUUGUAAUUUAUAUAUCUUUCUUGUAUUGAUUUGUAAAACUUUGUAUUAGUGUAUCAUACCCUGCAUACUCGUAGAAAUGUGUGUGAAGUCUGGCGUCUUCACAUUAUGUCAGCAUUUGAACUUAGCAAACGAACGUUUAUUUUUUCAAGGAGUGGGAAAAAAUUAACCAUACCCUGGAGGUCGUCAACACCAGGCUGAGCGAAGGUUCUCCGCAAAUCUGAAAUAAGCUCUGGCCUGAAGUCAUAUUUUGGAGAAAAACUACAGGGAUAAAACUCACAUUCCGAUUACCCAUGUAUAUAUAUGUUCAUGUGUUUUUUUAAGUUAUAGCUUUCUAGUUGCUUUUUUUUAAGACCAAGAAUUUUUUUUUUUUUUUUUUUGGAAAAGAUGUUUUUUCACUGUUUAUGUGGUAUAUCCCAUUUGUAUGUCUGCAAAUCUUUAAUGAAGAUGCCUUUGAAAUACGGCAUGUACUUGUGAGAGCCAGAUUCUUGCACAGAGUGGGAGACCUGGUCGUUGAAAAAGCUCCAAGCCAAACGAACGAGUCAAAACAUGCAGAGCUGCUGGGGGUUGUAGGUACCACCAGGUCCUGCAUGUUUUCCUAACACGUGGAAAACUUUCUGUUCUUUAAAGACAAGUUCUGAGGAUCACAUACUUAUUUAAAAAGAGAAAGGCCUGGGUAAUUGCACAGGAAGAUGGGAAAUGGAGUAAAGCAGUUGAUCAGCAUCCUGGGAAAUAUGGGCGGGAAAGGGGCAGCCACAGGAGGGAGGGGACCAAUCAUGAAAGAAACCUCCCGAACAUCUUGCUUGUUUAAAUACAAAAUAAAAUAAAGCAUUCUCUCUA